AAUAUUGGCACAUCCCCCAUGGAGCAACCAAUAAAAAGCUUUAAAAGCCAAACAUAAAGAAUCAGCGAGUCAGUGAGAUGAGUAAAUCCACGUCCAGAGGAGCCAUGAUGAAGUUUUGUUCUAUACUCAUCUUUCUCUUUGUUGGUGAUGCAUUAGGGUCUCUUGAGAAGAGGAUUGUUGGAAGUAAGUCUUGUGGCAAUGCAAGGAAGUACCAUAUCCAACUGAAGACUGCCCAGGGUGAAAAGACCUGUGGUGGUGCUCUGCUCAACACCCGCUGGUUCAUCACUGCUUCUCACUGUGCAAAUCAGAAAGUCCAAGUGAAGCUUGGGGAAGGAAGUUUAAAUUUUUUUCAAAAAACGAAUUCAAAAAUUAAAUCUGCGUUCAAAGGAAGGAGUAAUCCACUUAAGCAAGAAAUUGAACCUAAACAGCAAUUUCCCUUCAAAGAUGAGGAGGGUAAAAUGCAUGAUAUCAUGCUAAUAAAACUGAAUGUAGAUGCGUCUGCUAAACAUGGCAUCAUCAAGCUUCCUGCAGACUGUAAGAGACCAGCGACUGGUUCAUCACUUCUAAUUGGAGGGAUGGGACCCAAGAGAGCAGGGGGUAAACCUGAAAGUAGUGUGAGAUGUGCAACAACAAAAAUGAUAGACUGUGGCGAGAAAGACAAACCCAGUAGUAAGUACCACAGCGAUGAGACCAACACCAUGUGUGCCCACGUACCCGGCGUGGAGGCCUGCUUUGGUGACGCAGGCACAGCUGUAGAGUUCGACGGUUUACUGUAUGGCAUCAUUGUAAAUAAGCCCAAGGAUAAGUGUGAAAACCCCAUAGUGAUGAUGGAUAUCUGUUUCUACAAGGAAUGGAUUGAAAAAACUAUGAGGGAGAAUUAAAGGCUAAACCUCCAGCUCAUAAUAAUGGCAAAUAAUACCCAAAUAUUACUGAAACGUACUUAUAACCACUAUACAAAUCAGAUAUUUUCAAAUAUAACAGGAGGAAAUGUAAGUUCAGUUUGUGUGCCCUUCUUGCAUUUUACAACUACUUACCCCAUAAAUAAAAAGAUAUGGCUGCCAA